AGUGAGAGAAGUGGUGUGUUGGCAAUGAUUAGAACGAAAUAGUUCCAUAGCCAAAAUAUAUAUUUUUUGACUUUCCGCGUGUAUUUAAGAAUUUAUGUGGGUAUUUGUUAAGUUUGAACAUUUUUUUAAAUCUCUGGUGAAAUAAAAACGUUAUGUUAACGGUAAAAAAAUAUUACGUGCCGAAACCGUGGUCGCGCAUUAAUAAUGUUAAUAGUCACUUGAUUGUUUUCUCUUUCAGCCGUUUGCAGUCUGCACAGAUUACGCCAUAUUGCAGUGUGUUUUAAUAUAUUACUGACCGUGAAAUAACGUACAGUUUGUGUUUCAGGAUUUUGUGUUAAUAUUGUGUAUUUUAACUUUGUUAUAUUAUUUAUUAUCUACUAUUGUAAUGAUGGAAUUUGUUAUCGUUUUGAUAUUUUGUGUGGUUCUUGUGAUUGCUGUAAUGGUAAUUGGUUCCGGAAUGGGGAAAGCUACUUCUUCGCAGCGUCAGAUGGACAUCAUUAACGUCGCUCAGAACUUAUAUGUUUUAAUUAGGAAAGGCGACUUGAAGAAAUGUGACGUUACGCAGACGACCGCGUUUCUUCUCAACAUCGCAAAGUCAACUGUUCUCAAGUACUACAAGAAAGACAUUGAAGAAGUUUCAACACCAGGAAAAAAGAGGAAAAAAAGGCCACAGGAAGGAAAGUCACUUGACACAGUCGACGAUUUCACAGUAAAUGCAAUCAGGAAUGCAAUUUACAGGAUGUACGCUGAAGGUUUGAAUGUUACAGUCGACACCAUUUUGAAAGAAAUCAGGGAAAGACAAAUAGAUUAUUAUGGUGGAAGAUCAAGUCUUCAUAAAUUGUUAAAGAAGAUGGGAUUUUCAUGGACAACUGUUGAUGGACGAAAAGCUUUGAUAGAGAAUGAAAACAUAGUAUUGAAGCGAAUAGAUUUCUUGAGAAAGUAUAAAGGAGAAAAAGAAAGAGGUGCCAAUUUCAUAUUUGUUGAUGAAACAUGGAUUUUCCAGAGAGGCAAGGCAUUAAUUUAUUUGAAAAUUUGUUCUGUGGUCCAAUACAAAGUAUUUCAUUUCCAUUUCAUAUAUUUUUCAGGAACUGUAUCAAAGUCAUGGCAGGACAAGAGUCUACAAUCUGCGAAGAGACGUACUGUUGGAGAUGGUAAAAGGUUUAUUGUUGUUAAUGCUGGAGGGCGCACUGGCUUUGUGCCAGGAGCAGUAUUACUUUUUGUUUCAGGUCAGAAGACUGCAGACUACCAUGGCGAGAUGAAUGGGGAAACUUUCUUGAUGUGGUUUGAAGACAUGUUGGUGCAUCUGGAGGAACCCAGUGUCAUUAUAAUGGACAAUGCUUCAUAUCACAGCACCCAGGUUGAGAAAACACCUACAACGAACUGGACCAAGGAUGCACUGAUCGCGUGGCUGGAGAAGAAUGAGAUAAAACAUGAAAAUAAUUUGUUGAAAGUGGAGCUGCUGAGAAUAGCUAAACAAAACAAGCCCCGAAUACGAUAUGAGGUAGACGAGUUGGCUUGUAACUAUGGCCACAAAAUUCUACGACUCCCACCCUAUCACUGCCACUAUAAUGCAAUCGAACUAGUUUGGGCUCAAUGUAAACACCAUUACAAUAGUAACGUGGGGCGGGCCAAGAGAUUUGACAAUGAUGCAGUUGCAGCCAUCUGGAAAGAGGCUCUUGAUGCUUCCACACCAGAGAGGUAUUUUCAUGUUGCAUGACCAAUGGGGUAUUCCUUUUGAAGUAGAAAUUGUUUUAUUUUCCUGUAGAACAUUCCUCAAGCUUCAGCAAAACCCUUACCAUACAUUUUUACA